UAUACUGAAACAGCAGAUCAGAAUUGUGAAACCAGAGCUAGGGCUGAAAUGUGAUGCUUUUGCUCUUUUGUGCUUGUUGUGGUUCUCAUCUUCCCAUUUAGAGGGCUGCAUACCAUUCAACAGCAUAUUUUGAUCUCAGAUUGAACAAUGCAGCAAUCAAGCCUGAUAAGCCACCUGGAAGUUUUGCUUGAGACGAUUUCUAGUGGGUUUACUGAUCCCUGUGAACAUCAUGACUGCCUUUAGCAUUGUGGAGGAGGACUCGAGUUUCUUAUGAGGGCCCCACUUGGAAAAGCCGGCUGUGCAGAAUCAAGCCUCCGGUUCUGUUCAUGCUAUUCAAAAGCCUUUCCUCACCCUUGCUGAUUUAUUUUUAUGAUUUACAUACACUCCUGUGGAGAUUUACAGAAUGGAUUGUCUGUGCAUUGUCACGACCAAGCAGAGCCAUGGCAGAGGCCCACCUCACAAAUGCUCAGUCGAAACACCUGCCUGGAUACCCAUUCAGCACUCCACCAAAUAUCGUUAUCAAGAUGAGGAUGCUCCACAUGACCAUACUUUGCCUCGUUUAACCCACGAAGUGAGAGGCCCAGAGCUUGUUCAUGUGUCAGAGAAGAACUUGUCUCAAAUAGAGAAUGUCCAUGGAUACGUCUUACAGUCACACAUUUCUCCUUUGAAGGCGAGCCCUGCCCCUAUAAUUGUCAACACAGACACCUUGGACACAAUCCCUUAUGUCAAUGGAACAGAAAUUGAAUAUGAAUUUGAAGAAAUUACUUUGGAGAGGGGAAAUUCUGGCCUGGGGUUCAGUAUUGCUGGAGGAACAGAUAACCCACACAUUGGGGAUGAUCCUGGGAUAUUCAUUACUAAGAUUAUACCAGGAGGAGCUGCAGCUGAGGAUGGAAGACUCAGGGUCAACGAUUGCAUCUUGCGAGUGAACGAGGUUGACGUGUCGGAGGUGUCGCACAGCAAAGCCGUGGAGGCGCUGAAGGAGGCCGGCUCCAUCGUGCGCUUGUACGUCCGGCGAAGAAGACCUAUACUGGAGACCGUCGUGGAGAUCAAGCUCUUCAAAGGGCCGAAAGGUCUAGGAUUCAGUAUUGCAGGAGGGGUGGGAAACCAACACAUCCCUGGGGACAACAGCAUUUAUGUCACCAAGAUUAUUGAUGGGGGAGCUGCACAAAAAGAUGGGAGGUUGCAGGUUGGAGAUAGACUUCUUAUGGUAAAUAACUACAGUUUAGAGGAAGUUACCCAUGAAGAAGCAGUAGCAAUACUGAAGAACACAUCAGAUGUAGUGUAUCUGAAAGUUGGAAAGCCCACCACCAUUUACAUGACAGAUCCAUAUGGCCCACCAGAUAUUACUCACUCUUAUUCUCCACCAAUUGAAAAUCAUAUACUCUCUUCUGGGAACAAUGGCACUUUAGAGUACAAGGCAUCCCUGGCCCCUAUCUCACCAGGAAGAUACUCACCCAUUCCAAAGCACAUGCUUGUGGAGGACGACUACACCAGGCCUCCUGAACCUGUUUACAGCACUGUGAACAAACUGUGUGAUAAACCACCUUCUCCUAGGCACUAUUCCCCUGUCGAGUGUGACAAAAGCUUCCUUCUUUCAGCUCCCUACCCCCACUACCACGUAGGCCUGCUCCCUGACUCUGAGAUCACCAGUCACUCCCAGCACAGCACUGCAACGCGUCCACCCACAGUGAGCUUGCAGCGGACCAUUUCUGUGGAAGGAGAGCCUCGAAAAAUCAUCCUGCACAAGGGCUCCACAGGACUUGGUUUCAACAUUGUGGGAGGUGAAGACGGGGAAGGCAUUUUCGUGUCGUUCAUCCUGGCGGGCGGGCCAGCGGAUCUCAGCGGAGAGCUGCAGCGAGGAGAUCAGAUCUUAUCUGUGAACGGCAUUGAUCUCCGAGGCGCUACCCAUGAGCAGGCUGCGGCUGCGCUCAAGGGAGCGGGGCAGACCGUCACCAUCAUAGCACAGUACCAGCCAGAGGAGUACGCUCGAUUUGAGGCAAAAAUCCAUGACCUGCGUGAGCAGAUGAUGAAUCACAGCAUGAGUUCUGGGUCUGGCUCCCUGAGGACUAAUCAGAAGAGGUCACUGUAUGUCAGAGCCAUGUUUGACUAUGACAAGAGCAAAGACAGUGGCCUCCCAAGCCAAGGACUCAGUUUCAAGUAUGGAGACAUCCUUCACGUCAUCAACGCCUCAGAUGAUGAGUGGUGGCAGGCGAGGAGGGUCACUCUGGAGGGGGACAGUGAGGAGAUGGGAGUUAUACCCAGCAAGAGGAGAGUUGAAAGAAAGGAGCGUGCACGUUUGAAGACGGUGAAAUUCAACGCGAAACCCGGUGUAAUUGAUGCUAAAGGGUCAUUCAAUGACAAGCGUAAAAAGAACUUCAUCUUUUCACGAAAAUUCCCAUUCUACAAGAGCAAGGAGCAGAGUGAGCAGGAAACAAGUGAUCCAGAACAACAUGUUUCUUCUAAUGCCAGCGAUAGUGAAAGUAGCUACAGAGGCCAAGAGGACUUCAUCCUUUCUUAUGAACCUGUCACAAGACAGGAAAUUAAUUACACCAGGCCGGUUAUUAUUCUGGGUCCUAUGAAAGAUCGGAUCAACGAUGAUUUGAUAUCUGAGUUCCCUGAUAAGUUUGGGUCAUGUGUACCACAUACCACACGGCCGAAGCGUGACUAUGAAGUGGAUGGGAGAGAUUAUCAUUUUGUCAUUUCAAGAGAACAAAUGGAAAAAGAUAUCCAAGAGCACAAAUUUAUAGAAGCUGGGCAGUACAAUGAUAAUUUGUAUGGAACUAGUGUCCAGUCUGUGAGAUUUGUGGCAGAAAGGGGCAAGCACUGUAUACUUGAUGUGUCAGGAAAUGCUAUCAAACGACUACAAGUUGCACAACUCUAUCCCAUUGCUAUCUUCAUUAAGCCCAAAUCAUGGGAGCCUCUGAUGGAAAUGAAUAAACGUCUUACAGAGGAGCAAGCAAAGAAAACCUAUGAUCGAGCAAUUAAAUUAGAACAAGAAUUUGGAGAAUAUUUCACAGCUAUUGUCCAAGGAGAUAGCUUAGAAGAUAUAUAUAAUCAAUGCAAACUUGUAAUUGAAGAACAAUCUGGGCCUUUCAUCUGGAUUCCUUCGAAGGAAAAAUUAUAAAUUAGCCACUGCACCUCUGAUUACGACGGGAGAAUAUUUAGAAGAAAACUAUAAUAUACUAUUUGGAGGCUUUCCUGUUUUUGUUGCAUUUAUGUUCUUUGCAGUCAAUGUGAAUUUUGAUGAAUGUACAACACAAAGUGUUUGAAGCCAUGAAGGACACUGAUGGGUCAAAGGGUAGGAACAAAAAGACUUCUACCAUAUAAAGCAAAUCUGUUGUGUGCUCAGAGCACGAGUUGUAGGUAUAAACUUUUGACAUGGAGACCCUCUGUCAAGGGGAGCUAAGCCACCUCCUGUGCCCACGAGGACAUUUUGAUCAAUUUCAAUGGCUGAGCUCAGUGUGUCGAUUGCUUUAGAGAAGUUCCCAGCUCUUGAACCUCAUAGAGGGCUUGAUCCUGCAAGGCGCUCAGCACUUGACCCAGCUCCUACACAUGAGUAGCCUGUUGACUUGGAGUCCCCUGUCACCCUUCCCUAUGCCGUUCAGUCCCACCAGUUCCAGCAGGACUAUUCACGUGCUCAAAGCUAAGCACAGGCUUAAGCGUUUUUGCUAGAUCAGGGCCACACGCACCUUGCAAAAUCAAGCUCAGAGUAUUUGGUCCACUUCCUACUGAGGUCACUGUUAGGACACUCUGUGACCUGACUGGGAGGUGGGUCCCGUUCCAAGCUUGUCAUUGCACAUUUGUAGUUGGUACACCUCGACUUUGGUAACUAUGCACAUCUUUUGAUUUCUGAAACCAAGUCAAGCAUUUCUUUUUUUCCCCUUUGGAAGCACUAUUGCAUCAGGAACUACCAACAAUAAGGUUUAUUUUAAAGGUGUUCAGGGGUGGGAGAGGAUGGAAGCAUUUCACAUCACACACACGUGCACACAAACACAUUCCCAUGCGGACACACACACAUAUGAGGAUUCACAGCACCUAUGUCAACAAGGAGGGAUACAACUGGGAAAAGCUUUAAAAUUUUUGAUUGUCUAUUUUAUCAUUUAUAUUGAUAGAAGGCAC